AUGUGGACUGCCCUGCUCUCCCGGCGGUGGCGCCCCCUCUGGUGUUGCGUCCCCCUCAACCUCACCGUCGACAGCUGCCUCUAUGACGGGGAUUGCAAACGCAUGGCCGCAGUCUCCAAGAUCCUUUCAUCGCACCCUGGGCCAGCCAGACGCCUUGACAUCCGCAUGUUCAGUACCAAUUGCAAGGUCCAACCCAAGUUCGACGAGUGGUUCUUAUCCCCCGCCCUAGAUCAGCUCGAGGUGCUCAGCUUUGAAGCUGGACGAUGUCGCUCUCUGCCGCCGUCCACGCUCCGCCUCACGCCAACACUGUGCCGCGCCAGUUUCAGCUCCUGCUAUCUUCCCCAGAUUAAUGUCACGCCCGCCCUUCUUCUCCCUCAACUCAAGCAGAUCGACUUCUUUGACAUUGUCAUCUCGAAGAAGCCUAUGGAGCACCUACUCUACAGCUAUACUGCGCUCGAGUACCUUCGUCUUGAGCAGAUCCACGGGUUCAUUAGCCUCCACAUCGCCUCGACGAAUCUCCAAUGGAUUUAUGUGUCUUGCUGGCCCCGCAACAAGACAUCAAUUGGGAAGAGAUCACUCCAGCUAUUCCAUGUUAUGGUCAUUGAGAAUGCGCCUUUCCUUGAGAGAUUGCUUGUAUCGGAUCUAGAAGGUCCAACAAAAAUCAAGGUCAUUGACACGCCGAAAUUGACAGCGUUGGUGUACUCGUCUGCCAAAUUCUCCGAACUCUUUAUUGGAUCCGUAAUCGUUCAGGUACAACACUCGUCUUCUUCUCCGUCUUCUUGA